AUGCCAAGUACACCACCUGGACCUCGUUCCUCACGGAGCACCUCUCAACAACCAGACCCAUUGGGUACUCCCUUAUAUCUUCAUAGACCAGACGCGUAUGUCACGCCAGGAAACUAUACUACGCCACCACCUACCUUAAAAUUAUUUCCAACCCACUUAAAGAACAAUAGUAGUACACAUGCCUCUUCAACUAGUACCUCCGUACGACAGUUAGUUUUUAGUUCUCCUUUCUUUAGUAGCAGAGACAGCGUGGGAAGUAGUGCAUUCAGUAAUUAUAGCACUGAAACGAAAACAGAGGAUCGAAUGCGUUACUGGAGAAACGCCGCGCUUCAAUACCACAUGUAUGAGACUGCUGCUUUUUGGGGGAAUAAAUUGGCGAGCAUAACUGGCAAUCCUGAUGAUGUGUAUUGGUUGGCACAAAUAUAUUUCAUGAUGGGUCAAUAUGCCCGGGCGCAUAGUUUAUUAUGGAAUUUGCUUGAGACAAGUACUGCUUGUAGAAUAUUAGCGGCAGAGUGCAGUAUUAAACUGGAAAAAUAUCAAGAAGUAUUUGAUAUUUUAUACGAAGAAAACCCGCCAGAAAUCACUGAAAAAGCUAAUGAUCAUCUAGAUGGAUCAAUAAAAUUGGAAGCAUAUAUGUGUUACCUCCGCGGAUAUGCUUAUGCGCAACAAGCAAAUUUGGAUCAAGCAAAGAAAAAUUAUAAAUUAGCAGUGGUUUUGGAUGUUAGAUGCUUUGAGGCUUUCAAUGCUUUAAUUUCUAAUCAUAUGAUGACGAGUAAAGAAGAAUGGGAAUUUUUAAAUUCACUCGAAUUUGAAGAACAAUGUGGAAAGGAAGAUGGCAGAUUCAUAAAAAUGAAUUAUAUGUCUAUGUUGAAGAAGUAUGAUCAUGUUAAAGAGAUUGAGGAGGCAAGAGAAGAACUCGAAAAAACAUAUUUAUUGGUCGAUAACGCUGAUGUGAUGCUGAGUCGAGCCGAGCAAUUAUAUGCUCAAUGCCAGUUUAAAGAUUGUCUAGACGUCACUACAAAAAUUCUUGAUGUCGAUACACACAACCAAGCAUGCCUCCCGAUACACAUAGCAUGUCUACAUGAGUUACGUGAGAAAAACAGAUUGUUUUUAUUAUCGCAUGAGCUUGUGGAACAUUAUCCGGAUGCGGCAGUCACUUGGUUUAGCGUGGGCUGUUAUUAUUACUUAAUUGGACAGAACGACGAAGCUCGGAAGUAUUUUAGCAAGGCUUCAACAAUGGAUUCACGGUGUGGUGCUGCAUGGGUGGGAUUUGGACAUUCUUUCGCAGUGGAAUCGGAGCAUGAUCAAGCUAUUACCGCUUAUUCAACUGCAUCAAGAUUUUCCCACUUGCCGACAUUAUUCAUAGGAAUGCAACAUUUACAAGCCAACAACUUCAUUUCUGCAGAAGAAUAUCUGUUCACUUCGUAUCAGAUAUGCACAGGUGAUCCACUCGCACUUAAUGAAUUGGGCGCAUUAUAUUAUCAUAAAAAUCAGUAUAAGGAGGCAAUUGAAUACUUUGAGCGUGCACUUAGUCUAGUUGUAGCCACUAAAUCACGUACACAAGUAAAGGAGACGACGUGGAUGAAUCUUGGUCACGCUUAUCGAAAAACGGGUAAACUUGAUAUAGCAGAAUCAUAUUUCCAAAAAGUUGCAGCGAUUUCACCGCCAAAUGCAAAUGCACUAUCCGCUAUCGGUUACAUUUAUCACAUCAAAGAGAAUUACUCGCAAGCUGCCAUGUAUUAUCACGAGGCUCUUGGAAUCAAGCCUUCUGAUCUAAUAACACAGGAUUUACUCGGUAAAUGCCUAGAAAGUAUGGUAAAAAGCAAUCAGUCCUUAAUUGAUUAG